UGGAAGAGAGAGGUUGUGUCUCUCGCUGCUCUGAGAAGUUCGCCUCGGCGCUCGAGACCGCGUGUUGUGUACUUUCGAGAACUUUUGAAAAUGCUCCCUUUGUGAUGUGCGAGGUGUUUCUUGCGUGUAAUGUUGCUCGGAAAGUGAUACUUGAGGAGUAUAUAAAGAAAUUAUUUGAAGUUUGAGAGUGAAAUGAAACUUUGAAAAGUUAUCAGUGACGCUGCAGAAACCACAAGCUUGCUAUCCCUCCGUAAUAUUGCAGGAUAUUGCAAAAAUGUGCAACUGAGAUGUCUCUGAAGUUAUUAAGAACGUGAUUGAAUAAUACUCUUUAACAUUUAAGGGUAAAAUGUUCACAAGAAACAGACAGUGAGAAGAAAAAAGUGAGAAAGAGCGACAGAAGGAAAUCAAGAAUAGGUGGGAAAAGAAAGAAAAGAAGAGAAGAGUAACACGAGUGAUAAUAAUAACAAGAGUGAAAAGAAGAUCAUUUCUCGCGUCUUAGAUGGUGGUUGGGGCGUGACCUGGCAGCCAGAAUGGACCCUCCGGUGCUGCUCCCGCUGGUGCUCCUCGCCCUCGUGCCCCUGGCCGCUUGCCUCCAGACAGGACGCUGCGACGCCGCCCUCGGAAUGGAAUCUGGCGCCAUCCCCGACGAACACAUCUCGGCGUCCUCCUACUUCGACGCCGCCGUCAACGCCAUCUAUGGGAGGGCGCACGUGGAGGCGGGCGGCGGCGCGUGGUGCCCCCGCGACAUGGUGUACAACGAGGGCAAGGAGUUCCUGGAGGUGAACCUGGGCGGCCUGCACGUGGUGGCCAAGGUGGAGGUGCAGGGGCGCUUCGGCAACGGCCAGGGGCGGGAGUUCGCCCGCCAGUACAAGCUGCAGUUCUGGCGGCCCGGACUCGCGCACUGGGUCACCUACUCGGACGGACGCGGCCACGAGCUCCUGGAGGGCAACACCAACACGUACCUGGCGCAGUCGUCGCAGCUGACGCCGCCGAUCGUCGCGGCGCGCGUGCGCUUCGUGCCCUACAGCGACCACCCGCGCACCGUCUGCAUGCGCGUCGAGGUUUACGGAUGCCCCUACACAGGGCCUUCCGCCCGUGUUGUUUCGCUGUCAAUAUGA